CAUUCGAAGUAACGUAACAGAAGCACCAUCUUCAAAACUUCUCGGGAUCCGGAGUUUUUCGAUAAAAGGUCCCAUCCUUCAAUAUCAUGAUUGGGUCAACCAGGCCAGAUCAUAAGUGAAAUAGUUUGAUCGGGUCGACCAGGUCAGGCCCGAUCAUGAGUGAAUAGAAAAUCGAAAACGUACAUAGCUGUUCCAGCGGAAAUACUUUGUUUAAUUCUACCACUUCUACUAGGAGUAGCCUUUUUAGUGCUAGCUGAACGUAAAGUAAUGGCUUUUGUGCAACUUCGAAAGGGUCCUGAUGUAGUGGGAUCGUUCGGAUUGUUACAACCUCUAGCAGAUGGUUUGAAAUUGAUUCUAAAAGAACCUAUUUCACCAAGUAGUGCUAAUUUCUCCCUUUUUAGAAUGGCUCCAGUGGCUACAUUUAUGUUAAGUCUGGUCGCUUGGGCCAUUGUACCUUUUGAUUAUGGUAUGGUAUUGUCAGAUCCGAACAUAGGGCUACUUUAUUUGUUUGCCAUAUCUUCGCUAGGUGUUUAUGGAAUAAUGAUAGCAGGUUGGUCUAGUAAGACGGGGGGCGGCCGUUCGGUCGCCUAUGAUAUACGGACCAAUUGGUCCAAAAUGGGUUUGUGCCGCAGGUGUUGAACGAUCUACUCUACACAGGUGUGGGCUUACAGGGCUAGGGCUCAUAAACCCUUUCUUUCAUUCAUCAAGGGGUCGGUCACUUUUCCGGGCCGGGAUCGA